AUGGACACCGCCGAGGAGGAGAUCGACGAAGGGGCCUUCUUUUGGGUCGGCGCCGAUCAUGACGAUAGGGCGGUGCCAAAGCCGCCUGCCUUCCCUCUUGCGGCUUCUUCCUACCCCUUUUCCUUGUCCUCCUCCUCUUCUUCGCCCUCAUCAAUGCCUGCCCCAUCUUCACACAACUCCUCCAGAUCCACUCGGGAGGAGGUUCUGCCGCCCUAUCGCCGACCAACGGCGGGCACGUCCUCUGCCGCCGCUGCAGAACCACUCUACCCUCGCAUCGGCUUCUCUUCUCUCUCCCUCGCCGCCGGCCCUGGCGCCACGCCACAACCCAGUGCAGCUGGUACCGCGACCCAGCGCACCCCGGCGCACGCUCCGCUGCAGGGGUGUUCCUUUCGGUUGAACCCUCGCCUCGUCGCUCUGGCCACGCCAUCUCCUCCUGCCGACUCGUUGCGUGGGCUGUUGAACAAGAUGAAGGAGUUGGAGGGUAGGGUGAAGCAGAGGCCGACCUACGAUCCCUGCUUCGAGGUCGAAAUAGUCGCCGAGGCCAAACUCGAUCGGCAAAAGCAGGAGCACGUCGCGUCUGCGAGGGAAGAACGAUAUCGCCAGCAGCGCGAGCUCGUCGAGGCUGAGGCCAAGCGCCGGCAAGACAUCGCCAUCACCGAGUGGGUCGAACAGCAGCAGCAGCAGCCCCAGCGCCAACAAGAGGGUGAGGACCAAGCGGCCUCCACAUUUCCUGGAGCAGCUCACGCCUCGUCUACACCAACGACGGACGAACAAGCCCUUCUCGAUCUCAGCUUCCCUUCUCCGCGCCUCGCCGCUCGCACCGGCCGUCCAGCGCAAACGGCCGAGCCACCGCCUCCAUAUCCGGGCUCCGUACCUCAAUCGGCCGCAUCGCCAUCUAAAGCGGGUCUCAUCCACUUCCCCGCGCCCUCCUCAGGCUACACCAACGGUCAGCUCACGCCGGCGGCUUCGGCGUCGGCAUCACUUGUCCAGUUUCCCGGCCCUCCGCAGCAUCCCUCUGCUGCUCCAACAUUCCAUCCCCCCUACCAUCCGGCCUUCACCACCACCACGGCGGCCACACCCGCUCGACACCCCUAUGCCCCCUCCGGCCUACCCGGACGGAGCGUGCAUACUCCCUAUUCUGUCCCAUCAGCGGCCACUGUACAGAGCCCCGCGCUGCCCCUCCCGACCGGCGUCAUGCCGCGACCCUCGGCCUUUUUGCCUUCCGUGGCCACACCGCCGUCGAUCCCGACUGCGACUGUAAAUCACACCACUCCGUCGGCUCGGUUCGCCGCUCCUCCGCGCAUGACGAUGGAGGACUAUCAGCGAAAGUACCCAGUUCUCGCCAGUCCCGAACGAAGGGCAAUAUUCAUCCAGCUGCUCGAGAUGCGGUUCAAGCCGGAAAUCGUGGCACUUGGCCUCGAAAUCUACUCCGACAACCAGGUCGACAAGAUUGUCACGUUCGUAGCGAACUUCCACAAGCUUGUGGAAAUGGGAUUCUCACCGGAGCGCAUCAAACAAGCUCUCCUACUGCACGAAGACGGCGAUGUACAGAAAGCGAUCAUCUAUCUGGAAGAGCUGGACAAGCUGAUCACGGCAGGGCUCAAGGAAUCCGAAAUCUUUGACGCAUUCAUGCUCUUCGACAAUGACAUCCAGAAGGCCUCCUCUUUCCUCACCGCUCACGCAGCAUUGGCUCAGCUCGGCUUUGGUGAUCUUCGCAUACGAGAAGCCCUCCUGAUGUGUGAAAACAACCAAGAAAAGGCCGUCCAGUACCUCAUGAUGAACACCUGA